AGUGAUGCUUUCAACUGCAGAUAAACUCCAGUAAUCCUACCUGGUCCAGAUACAGACCUCCCAGCAUGUCUUUCAGCACCAGAUCCUACGGCCAGAAGACCAUGAGUGUCUACGGCGGAGCAGGCGGCCGUGGCACCCGCAUCUCCUCAUCCUCUGGGGGCUUCAACCUGUCUGAUGGCCUGGACCUCCACGUCGGGGCCAACGAGAAGGCUACCAUGCAGAACCUGAACGACCGUCUGGCCUCCUACCUGGAGAAGGUGCGCACCCUGGAGAAGGAGAACAACCGCCUGGACAAGCAGAUCCGAGAAUGGUACCAGAGCAGAACUGUCAUCUCCCAUGACUACACCAGCUACUUCGCCAUCAUCAAUGACCUGAAGGACAAGAUUUGUAUCGCCUCUAGACUCAAUGCCAAGACAGUCCUGGACAUUGAUAACGCAAAACUGGCUGCUGAUGAUUUCAAAAUGAAGUAUGAGAACGAGCUGGCCAUGAGGAUGGCCGUGGAGGCAGACAUCGCUGGACUGAAGAGGGUGCUGGACGAGAUGAACCUGGCCAGAAUGGAUCUGGAGAGUCAGUAUGAGGCCCUGAAGGACGAGCUCAUGGUGCUCAAGAGGAACCACGAAGAGGAGAUGGCUCUGCUGAGGAGUCAGAUGGGAGGCCAGGUCAAUGUGUCCGUGGAUGCUUCUCCAUCUGUAGACCUGAACCAGGUCAUGUCAGAGAUAAGGGAACACUACGAGGGCGUGAUCGGCAAGAACCGCAAGGACCUUGAAGCGUGGUACCAGAACAAGAUCGCAGCAGUGGAGCAGGACGUGAUCACACACACAGAGAUUCUGGUGACAUCCCACACAGAGAUUAAGGACCUGAAGAGCACCCUCCAGAGGCUUCAGAUCGAACUGCAGUCCCAUUUGAGCAUGAAAGCGUCUUUGGAGGGCACCCUGGCAGAGACUCAGGCGCGCUACGCUGCACAGCUAGCAAGCCUCCAGAACAUGGUCACAAGCCUGGAGGCUCAGCUGUCCCAGCUCCACGCCAACAUCGCCAGCAACAAGCAGGAGUACGACAUGCUGCUGGACCUCAAGACCCGGCUGGAGCUGGAGAUCGCAGAGUACAGGAGGUUACUGGAUGGGGAGGAUGACAGUUCAAAACAAGUGGUCACAAAGGUCAUCACAGUGGUGGAGACAGUUGUGGAUGGAAAGGUGGUUGAGAGCAGCAAGACUGUUGAUGUUGGCAUGGACCAGAUUUAGUGAUGAAUUGGAAGCAUUAGCAUUAUAAUCAAUAAAGAUCAUGCAGUUGAAUUAAA